AUGUCGCCCUCAGCUCCUACCACUGUAAGAUGCUCAGUGCCCAGCCACCCUCAUCACGCAUGGCCAUCCACCGGCGCUGUCCUGUUCUUCCGCUGUCAGAGAACCUGCCUGUUUUGUAGCCAAGAUAUCCCCAACGGCAUGAUGCCGCGUACACACGUACUUCGCUGCUACUCGCGCCCUGCAAACAUCAGAGAUCAAACCAUAAAAGUCCUAGCUUUGGGCACUGGCCAUGCUGUCGACUUUGACAAAGACUGGGACGUAAGCGAGGAAGAAAAGCAUACCAAGGCGGAAUACGCGGAUAGGAGGAAUGCCAGGAAGGAAGCGGGCAUUGACCCGUCUGACGACACUCAGCCUGAAUUGGAAGAGCCUUUUUUGGCCGGGACUGUCAAUGGAGUAGGGUGGCGAGAGCGGAAAAGGAGUUUAGAAGGUUUUGGACAGCAAGGGGAGCGAUUACCAGCUAGGGAGGAGCAGACUACUGCGGAUGUGGAGGGUGAUGGAAAUAUAUAUCCGCUUCCGCACGACAACCGUGCGGAAGAUAGCUCGAGGCCAUACUUCGUUCGUUGGGCCGAGAAAACUCAAGAAUAG